AUGAGCAUGAGUGACUUCCUUAGUCCUUUGGAUAUUGCGGCCGCAGUCCAAGAUUGUCAAGCUCCAGAUAGUUUCGACCACGGAAAAUUCUUCCAGCUUACUGGGAUGGCCCAAAAGAGCACCAACCAACUCAAGAACAUUUUCAAAAUCUUAGACAACGAUCAAAGUGGAUUUAUUGAAGAAGACGAGUUAAAAUUCUUCCUCCAGAGGUUUCAGCCUGGGGCUCGCUUGUUAACAGCGACAGAAAUGGGAAAAUUCAUGGCGGCAGGAGACCACGAUGGAGAUGGGAAGGUUGGGGCUGAAGAAUUCCAGGAGAUGGUACAGUCUUAAAGAAGAUCAGAAGUGGCUUGGUUGAUGGAAGAACUUCUGCUGCCCCAAGAGAGUUCUCUUGAAACUUCCAAACCCAAGGAUUCUUUGUUAUGCUUUGCCUCCUAUUCAGUGGUGUGCUACUACGGGUAGUCCUCAAGAUACGACUGUAAUGGAGCCUGACAUAACAGGUUGUGACAGUUGUUAGUUGAAGCUGACCCCAUAUCUCUGCUCUGGUCCUCCCAAGGCCACCCCAUCGCCCCCAUGUCAUUCCAUGCUCCCCCUUCCCAACUCUUGGGUCUCCAUGGAGUGGGAUGAAGGCGAGAGAGGCAGGGGAUAGGAAGCAUCCCUGUGGUUGGUCAUAAGGAUGAAUGACCACCGAGGCAUUGCAGCCAUUGUAACUUUGAAAGAGGUUUGUAUGUCAUUUGGGACCCUCUGUUGUACCUUUGAACACGUCGUAUCUCGAGGACUUCCUGUCCAAUUUCCAAAUGUUAAUUCACUCAAGCUACCGAAUAAAGAUAAUUUCAGAGUCUCUGUGGUACAACAGACAGAUGUCUCUCUUUGAAUAGCGACAUCAACAGUUCAAAACGGAUCGAAACUCACUUAACCACUGCUCUGCUUAGCCACAGAAAUCAUUUAUGAUCAUUAGGUGGAAGAUUACUAUAGAUGCGAGUCCGUGUAUUGUAAGCAAAUCCGGGAAGCGGUAAAUAACCAAUGAAUGAAACUGUAAUCUCCUUCUGCAAACAGUAUAAAAAUCUGAUCUAAACCUAUCUUUCGCGUUUGAAAUUGUCAGCAGCGACAAUUUUGCUUUUGCACAGAAAUAAACGUGUUUGAAUUCCACUUUCCUCGACUGUUCUUUUUUUUAAAAUAUAUUUUAUUGAAGCUUUAUCGAAGUCCCAUCAACAAUGCAAAUGACAAAUGAAAACUAAGAUAGUAAGGAAACGGGGCAAUGCUCGUCUGCUGGAUCUCUGCUAGUUGGUGUUGAACCUAAAAGGCAGAAGCCAUAGUUUGUAGCGCAUCAUCAACUCCUAUUAUUGCAAAGACGGUUAAAUUUAACUUCCUUGAUUAUAGGAAAGGGUUUGUUUAUUUAUUUAUUGUUGACUGGAAACCCCUUAUAAACUUUCUGCAUGAAAUAGGGGAAAAUGCAUUAUUGUGACUGAUGAAUAUAUGUAAAAAAUGAUAAAAGCUAAAAAAUAAGCUUUUAAAAUAAUUUCAUAAAUUCUGCAACCGUACUUGCUGCAGAGGAAAUUGGAAGUUUUCUUCCUCGAAAUGCUUUUGCUUCUUUUUCUUUUCUUCCUUCGUUUUCUUUCUUCCUCUUUUUCUUCU